AAAUUUUGACCUUUGGGGUUCGACACGCUGGAGUUUGUUGCUAUGUGGACCACGUGAAUUCAUCCAACUCCGUGAUGGAUUCAAUCUGAAUUUCUGCUCACCAAAGCUGUCACUUUAAAUCUGAUCCUUUCAUUAUUUGGUGUUUCAGCUGAUUUGAGUGUGAAAUGGGGAAGCCGGUGAAGAAAAGGAGUGUGUGUGAUAAAGUGCGCAAGAGUAGUGCACAUGCUCAGAUUAAGACGAACCCGUUCGAGGUGAAGAUCAACAAGAAGAAGUUUGAUGUUUUGGGCCGAAAGAGCAAACACGAUGUGGGACUGCCAGGCGUGUCUCGCUCUAAAGCUCAUAACAAGCGUAAGCACACUCUGCUGAAGGAAUUCAGAAUGAAACACAAAGCAAACUCGUUCAUCGACCGGCGUUUUGGAGAGUACGACACCAAGAUGGCACCCGAGGACAAAAUUCUGCAGCGAUUCGCCAUGGAGAGACAGCGUGAUCAAGUGAAGAAGGACAUGUUUAAUCUGAAUGAUGAGGAGGAAUUAACACAUUAUGGACAGUCCCUGGCUGAGAUGGAGAAGUUUACAGAUGGAGUGGACAGCGAGAGCGACUCUGAGGAGAAAGGCCUGCUGUCUGCUGAAAUCACGGCGUCACAUUUCGGAGGAGGUGGAGGGCUGCUGAGGAAGAAAACCGGCGAAGAAGAGGAGGCAAAAAACAAAACGCGUCAGGAGCUCCUCGAGGAGCUCAUCCUCAAAUCCAAACAGGAGAAGCGAGAGCGUCAGACACAGAAGGAAGAGACACAUGAGCUGACGGAGAAACUGGACCAGGAGUGGAAGUCCAUCCAGAACCUUCUGGCACAUAAAACUCCCAGAGAACGGGAGGAGGAGAAGGACAAACCGAAGUUGGAUGAUUAUGACAUGAUGGUGCGGGAGUUGGGAUUUGAGAUGAAAGCUCAGCCGUCUGAGAAACUCAAAAAUCCAGAGGAGAUCGCCAGAGAGGAGAGAGAGAGACUGCAGAAACUGGAGGAAGAAAGACGGAGGAGGAUGGAGGGGGAGGUGGAGGAAAAUCCCAAAGACACACACAUAUCAGCUGACGACCUCAACGACGGAUUCAUUCUCGACACGGACGACCGCAAAACACUGUCCUACCAGGAUGGGAAGUGGAACAUUGGGGAAGAGGAAGGUGAAGGAGGAGAUGAUGAAGAGGAGGAGAAUGAUGAUGAAGGGGGUGGUGAUGAUUGUGAUGAUGAUAGUGGUAGUGGUGAUGAAGAAACCGAUGAUGAUGAUGAUGACGACGAUCACUCUGAUUUGGAGGACAGCAGAGAUGAUGAGGGAGAGGAAGAUGAUGAAAAAGAGGAAGAGUCAAUUGCUGAAGUGAAGCGCACGCUAAGUGAAGAGGAGAGGAAAGAGAUUCAGGACACAGCCCAUUCAGAGCUGCCCUACACCUUCACAGCUCCUGAGUGUUACACGGAUCUGAAGGCGAUGCUGCAGGGUCACUCGGCUGAUGAACAGCGCCUCAUAUUGGAGAGAACGAAGAAGUGCAAUCACCCCAGUCUGGCUGUGGGAAACAAAGCUAAAUUACAGAAGUUAUUUGGCUUCCUGUUGGAGUAUGUAGGGGAACUGGCUACCCACAAUCCUCCACAGCUCACCACCAUCAACACACUCAUCCCGCAGAUCUAUUCUCUGUCUCAGCUCUUUCCUGAAGCAGCGUGUCAGGUGAUGCAGUCGCUGAUUGGUGAUGCCGCUCACACUAUGGAGCAGAGUGUAGAGGUCAAAGGUCGUGCUGCAGUCCCAGGCUUGGAUAUGCUCAUCUCUCUGAAGAUCGCCACUCUGCUGUUUCCUGCAUCUGAUUUUCGUCAUCCAGUGACAACGCCAGCCUUCCUCUACAUCAGCCAGGCUCUCACUAAGUGUGCAGUCCUGUCUCUGGGGAGUGUGUCUGCAGGUCUGAUUCUGUGUUGUAUAGCAGUGGAGUGUGUUUCUCUCUCCCAGCGCUUUAUACCUGAACUCAUUAACUACUUGUUGGGUCUCCUACACCUUGCCGUCCCUACACACACCUGCACAGAUUACCAUGUGGUUCCUCCAUUCAGGCCACAGGGGAAAAGCAGUGAGCUGCUGCAUGUGUGUGAUCCACAGUCUGCUCACAGCUGGACCAGGAGAAGCAUCUCACUGUCAUCAGCAGACAGAGUGACAGCUACUACAGAGAGGGAGAGAGACCACUACAAGUUGUCUGUGCUUUACGUGUGUUUGGAUUUGGUAAAGAGAUGCACAGCGCUUUAUCAACAACUUCCUGCCUACCAGCACAUCUUCCAGCCAAUCAGAAUCCUCCUGGCUAAACAUCUUCCUGUUACAGAUUACCCAGCAGCCCUGCAAGAGCUGCACAAAGAAAUCCUAGAGGUCAUCCCGGAGACACCGUCCCAGCAUACACCACUGGUGUUUGAUAAGAAGAAGCCCAUCCCUCUCAAACUGCUGCAGCCCAAAGUGGUAGAAGUGGUGGACUACGGGAGGAAACGAGGGAACACAAAGGCGGAGAAAGAGAGAGAGCGACUGAAACACAAGUAUAAGAAAGAGUUUAAAGGUGCUCUGAGGGAGAUCAGGAAGGACACACGCUUCCUCGCUCACACCAAACUGUCUGACAGCCUGCGCAGGGACGUGGAGAGGAAGAGGAAGGUGAAGGAGCUGUAUGGUAGUUUAGCCACUCAGGAAGGUGAGUGGAAAGCACUGAAGAAGAGGAAGAGGAAGUGAUGUCACAGUGCGAACCCUACUUCCUAUGUGAAAAGCUGAAACUAAGUACAGUUUAGCGGUGGAGAAAGUGAGGACAUCGUGAUUGAGUAAUACAUUUUUUAUUCUGCAAAACCAGUUUGUACAUUGUGGUGUUUUGUGAAAUGAGCAACUAUUAAACCCACACAGAACCUCGGA